AUGUCCAUUCGAAUCAGCCAAAUUCAGUAUUAUAUAUAUUUCGCGCAAUUAGCAUUCUCAAGAAUCGUCUCAACUUUACCGCCAAAAGCACCCUAUACAAUCAAACACGGAGACUUUCUAAUUACAACAUUAAUCUCUUCAAUCAAAAUAAAAAGCAUGACACCAAGUUCUUUGUCCCCGCAUUACGCGGCUCAAUCUCCCUCAGGACGUAAACCUGUCUUGGUAGCGAAGGAGCCCCACAUCUCGUCACCGAGUAAUGUAGGUGCGAACUCGCCAGAGAACUUACCACUAGGUGAUAAGGUCCAGCUCAUUCGACUACCAGUAGCUUCACCGUCAGCCGUUAAAGAGUUCAGUCAGGUUAGCAGUGAAGAGCCAGCACAUCUCACCACAGAGACCAUGCCCCACGACUUCUCAGAAUUAACUGAGCUGGCGAGUAACAACUUUCACUUUCCGAUGCUUGUAGCAUGGAAGAAUCUCCCUGCAACGGUCGCAAGAGACGCCUCACUAUGA